CAGUGGUACCUCGGGUUAAGUACCAUACUUAAUUCGUUCCGGAGGUCCAUUCUUAACCUGAAACUGUUCUUAACCUGAAGCACCACUUUAGCUAGUGGGGCCUCCCGCUGCCGCCGCGCCGCCGGAGCACGAUUUCUGUUCUCAUCCUGAAGCAAAGUUCUUAACCUGGAGCACUAUUUCUGGGUUAGCGGAGUCUGUAACCUGAAGCGUAUGUAACCUGAAGCGUAUGUAACCUGAGGUACCACUGUAUAAGCUGGGGGGCAUCUGGCUUGCCGGGGGUACAUGUGAAAAGGAUCUAGGGGUCUUAGUAGACCACAGGCUUAACAUGAGUCAACAGGGUCAUACGGCAGAAAAAGAAGAAAAACUAAUCCUAUUCUAGGCUGCAUCAACAGAAGUACAGUGUCCAUAUCAAGGGAGCUCAUAGUAUCACCCUCUUCUGCCCGGGUCAAACUCCACCUGAAGUAUUGUUUCCAGUUCUGGGCACCACAAUUUAAGAAGGAUAUCAAGAAGCUGGAAAGUGGGCAAAGGAGGGCAACCAAGAUGAUAAAGGAUCUCCUUCUCUGCUCUCAGUACAAUAACUUUUCCAACUUUGGUUUCAAAAUUCACUCAUCCUUUCUCACUGCCCAUCGCCUGUAGAAUUACCAAUUUAUGCUAUGGCUUCUGUUCAUUAUUAUAACCCAUCCUCAAAACAGUGGAGUAAGAGUAAACCUAAGGAGUGCCAUGACGGAAACCUGAGGAAAUCUUAAUCUAUUUCAGCAUUCUAGCUUUUGUAUGUUUCAAAGUACACCUGCAAAUCUUUCUCAGUUUUACUGCUUUCUCCUUUGUAAACUGCUUUGAGGCUUCUUUUGUGUGUGUUUUUGCAAUCAAGAGGAGUAUAGAUAUAAAUGAAUAAAAUAAAUGGGUUGCUCCUGAGGAGAUGCUUUUUCUCCUCCGAAAUGAGACACUUUCCUCAGAAAGGGGACCCUUUUUCUCCUCAGAACAGGCCGGGAUAUGAAGAAACUGAGCAGAAGUCUGAGGCCUUUUCCCGCCUUUUUCCUCCCCCUAGAACAGGCUUCCUCAGCCAGAUGUUUUAGGCCUACAACUCCCAUGAUCCCUAGCUAGCAGGAGCAGAGGUCAGGGAUGAUGGGAAUUGUAGUCUCGAGACAUCUGGAGGGCCGAGGUUGAGGCAGCCUGCCCUAGAAAGUGCUGGAAGAGCCGCCCCUCCCCCUCUCUCCUCAGGGAGAGUCAGGGGAGCCUUGGCAAGGCAGGGAAGGCGGCCAUCGCUUGCUCCCUCAUGAGCCUUUUCUUUCUUUCGUGGGGAUUCGAAAAGUUCUUUCUUGUCCUCUUCCCAGGGGCAACUGAUUUAUCUCAUAAAAUUUAUAGGCUCUUGACUGUGAGGGUGGGGGGAAGCAGUCUGGAAAAAGAAGAGUUGGUCCUCAUAUCCGGAGGCCUCCUGAGCAGCCACCAUUUGAAAUCCAUUAAUUCACGUAAUUUCCUCAGGCGCCCAUGAGGGGUUUUAGGGGGGUCCCUGGCCAGAGGAUGAAUUGGGGUUCCCCUCCUGCCUCAAGCAGAAGAUUCGGGGGCUUCUUCCGGUUUUCCUGGUCUUCUCCCUCAGCCUGGAAAAAGUCACAUUUGCCUCUCUUUCCCCUCAGUUUCCCAAUUCAUUGGCCUAUGGAGCCCCUGAAAUACACUCAACAAACAAUACAAGCAACACCCAGACCAUUAUACUAGAUAGCACUGUAAUUCUUAUUGCAUAAUAUGCAUGAUUUAGUAACAAAAACAAAAUGUGUGCACUUGUAAAUUCUCUAAUAUAUUUGAAAUCAAUUGAACAUCUCCUGAAAUACGCUCAGCUGAGUUUAAUUUUCUGAACAAUCUCUUCUUCUUUGUUUGUUUAGUAAUUUGUUUUAUUGGUUUUAUGUACAAUCUUUACAACAGAGGACUUUACAACCAAAAUAAACCUUUACAACAGAAAACUUUACAACCAAAAGAAACCCAGACAGAAGCAAUAACAUGACUGUCAUGUUUUCUUUUGUACUAAAUUCUUCUCAGGUCUCCUUAUUUUACUAUUCAUUAACUUAAAUCUUCUUCUUUUAAUUCCUUGUUCUUGACCUCCUAAAUCGCGUAUUUGUCCUCUACAGUUUUCCAAUUACUGCCCCAGUUUUCCAAUUUCCUCCCCCUAUACCUGUUACUUCCCUUCACACAUUUGCGAUCUUCUCUGCAUACUGUUGUGUUAACAGCUAUAAAAUUAGUUUUUAUGUUUGUAUUGUAAUGUUCUCUUGUAUCCUUGUGUCCUUCAGGCUAUUGCAUGUUAAAUUUUAGCUCUGAAACCAAACCAAUAUAUCCCUGUAUGCAUUCCCAUUCUUUGUAAGUUUUUUGAUUAUAGCAGCCUCUAAUUGACGCCGUUAGUUUUGCCAUCUCCGCAAAUUCAUAAAUUUUAGCUCGCCGUUCUAGUAAUUCAGGUAUUCUUUCUGAUUUCCCUUUUUUUUUGCCACUACUAUUCUAGCCGCUGCUGUUGCGUACAGGAAUACGUUCUUUUUGUCCAUUUUCUGUACAAUCUCAUGUAACCAUUAAACUGUAACAUUGGAAGGCCCUGCAAUGCAGGAAUCUCAACUAAAGCAUCCAGGACAGAGGGCCAUCCUCUUCUUCUUUGCCGAUCCCUCAUAGUAAGAUUGUCUUCCAUGAACACGGUCUUAACAGUGAGUCCGUAAGUGACUGUGAAGGCCAGUUCUGGAUCCACACAUCCUUCCACAGUGGGGACAUUGGUUUCCAGGUGGGAGUUGAUCACGGUGAGGGUUUGCCAAGCUUGCCUUAGCGCGUUUCUCCCUUGUGUCCUGAGUUCAAAUGUCUUCAAAGCCCAGGACACCUUUGGUCAAGGCUGUUCUCCAACUGGAGCGCUCACAGGCCAUUGUUUCCCAGUUGUCAGUUUUUAUACUACAUUUUAAAAACAUUUGCCUUGAGAAAGUCUUUAAACAUCUCUUUUGUAUUUUGCUUUCCAUUCUUGAGCUGGGAAUAGAGUAGUUGCUUUGAGAGGUUGUGGGUUCUCCUUCUUUGGAGGUUUUUCAGCAGACGUUGGAUGGCUGUCUGUCAUGGAUGCUUUCGUUAAGAUUCCUGUAUUGCAGGGGGCUGGACUCAGAGUCCCUUCCAGUUCUCAAGUUCUAGAAUUCUUUUCCUCUUUUUUUGACAAAGUAAUAAUCAUAAAUAAAUCAGAAUAAAAAUGUGCAGCUCCACCACCGAGAUCAUUCCAUUGUAACUAUCCAACUUCCCCAACACUUGUUGCGAUGGUUUGACCCCUUUCCGUUUAAACAAUACAAAAUCUACAAACACCCUCCAUACCUCCACAAAACUAUUUCUUAUAUUCCCUGUCUUACCUUAAUAGCACAUGUUAAUUUAUCAUUCGUAGCUAUAGCCCACACCUCUUUAUACCAUUCUUUCAUUUUAUAUCCUUUCACAGCCCCAGAGUCAGAGGAAGUGGGAGAAAGGCUAUGAAUAAGACAAGACGUGACAGUUGUCAAGAGCUGUUGGCCACAGGCCAGAUCACAAGCAUUUACAACAUGCUUUGCAUCAAAUAAGCUGACAUUUGGGAGCGUGAAGAGGGUGGAGGACUUGCUUACAGACUUUUGUUGUAUAUAGAGAGAUAUAAAAUCACAUUGUCAAAGGCAAAUUGAAUUGAAAUACUUUAUUGUCACUUGUACAACUUGUUUACAGUGAGAUUACACGAGCACCCCCCCACUCAGCUCUCUUAGUCUUAAUUCUCCUCGUUUACUGACGCACACCCACCAAACCCGAAAGUCAGUUGCCCUGUUGUUAUCUUUUCAUUCAGCAGCCUAACAGCCCAUGGAUAGAAGCUGUUCUUUACCCUGUUGGUACGACUAAUCAUGCUUCCAUAUCUUCCGCCUGAGGGCAGGAGAUCAAGAAAAUGCCAGCCAGGGUGUGAAUCAUCCCUGAGAAUUUUCCUCACUCUCCUGAGGCAACGUACUUCUGCUAUUUCAUCCAGUGGAUUCACGGGACAGCCCAUAAUAUCUUAUGCUGUGUUCACCACCCUCUGUAGGCACUUCCUAUCAGAUGAUGUCAAACCAGCAUACCACACCAUGAUGCAGUAUGAAAGGACACUUUCUAUUGUUGACUGGUAGAAGGAGAUAAUCAGAUGUUGAUUGCCAUUGUUCUUCCGCAAGACUCUGAGGAGAUGGAGUCUCUGUUGGGCUUUCUUAACCACCUGGGUUGUAUUUAUUUUCCAAGUAAGGUCUUCACUGAGAUAAACUCCUAGGAAUUUAAAGGAAGAGACUCUCUCCACACAGCCCUCCCCGAUGUACAGCGGGGCUAGUUCUCCUCUCUUCCUCUGAAAGUCCAACACCAUCUCCUUUGUCUUGCUGAUAUUAAGGUGCAAGUUGUUCCCUAGGCACCAUGUAGAUAUUUUUUGGACCUCCCUUCUAUACGCUGAUUCGUCUCCACCUGUUAUUAAACCCAUUAUGGUGGUGUCAUCUGCAAACUUAAUUAUUGCAGUAGGCAGGUCAGAUGAUACACAAUCGUAUGUAUACAAUGAAUACAAGUAGGGACUUAGCACACAUCCCUGUGGUAUGCCAGUCCUGAUUUUUAAGGAAUUAGAUGUUACACAUCCAAUCCUCACUGUUUGUGUCCGAUCUAUCAGAAAGAAUGUUUGAAGCUUUCUUAUUCCAGGAACUUAGGCUGGGUUCAGACUUAUACCUUCAAAUCACAUUUGAAGAAUAUUCCUUCCUUCCAAGAAUUCAGGGCGCUGUAGUUUGCUAAGGGUUUCCUCAGGUUUGUGACUCUGUGAGAAGUGAACGGAAUAAUUUGAGGCAGAUUGUCUGGGAUUUCUCAGUCAGGGACAUGCAAGCCAUGGUUAAUGGGAAGAGAGGAAUGAAAUGAGAAGUGAAAUUUGGAAGUGGAGAAAGAUUGCCAGCCUUGCCUCUUUUCCCGUGAAAAAGACAUGGGCUUCAAGGACACUUUUUUCAAGCCCUCCCUCUGCUUCUCCUCCACGUCACCACUUCUUGCUCUUUACGUGUCACAGAGCUGCCCCAAAAAACCAGUUUCCAAAAAUAUGCACAAAAGAGAAAGUGAGGACCACAAACCAGCAUGAGGACUGUUUCAUUCUGUGUGAUGCUGUGCAAAAUAGCUGCGCCUCCAUCCGGUGUGACGCUGUGUAUAUUGUGCUUGAUAACUGUAAAUGAGUGUUUGUGUUUUGCAAAGAUCUUUUGUCAUCCCCCAUUGACUUUAAAAAGCCUCAGCUUCCCUAUGUUCCCUAUGGUAGGUGCUAAUGUGCUCAGCAUUUUAUCAGUUACCCAAUUUCUCUCAGCUUAUACAUCUGCAUUUGAGAGUGGCCAUGACAGCUUCUGCAGAGCAGCUCAGUGCUGCAAGGCAUGCUGGGAACUCUUCUUGAGGCCACCCUGGUGGUCAGCCGCGUUUGACACCAGUUGCGCACCCAGGAUGCUCAGCAACGCCACUGUGUUUCUUCUCAGUGUGUUUGGAAAGAAGAUUACUAUUGCAGAUACAUCAGCUCAGUGUUGCUGCUGCAGCCGCUUCUUCUAAACUCAGCCUUUGAAGCAUGGAGCAAAUUGGCCGUCUCAUUGUCCUCCUGGGUAAGACCCUCUUCUUCUCCCCUCCAACCCCACUCUUUUCCUUUUCCUGGAGCCUCCUAUCUACACUUCUCUUCCCAGUUUCCACUGUCUGUGUUUACUCAAAUCUUCUGCCUCUGUUCUCUGUUUCCAGGUGGGUCUUUAGGGAGGGAUGAGCAUCUCAGGCAAAUCAUUCACAGCAUCCACACAAUGUCACUGGCAUGGGAAAGUUGGCUGUUUUUAACCUUUACCUUUCCUGAAAAAACCCCAAAAUAAAAUCAUAACCUCCAGAAAUGCGUCAGAUUAGGGGGUAUUGCUUUGGGAGAAAAAGAAAUGUGUAUGAGGCUGUUUAGGAGUCCAGAUUAUGAAACUUGAAACGAUGCCAAAAACAUUUUAUAUAUAUAUCUAAGCAUCACAUUUUUCUCCUCUGUUGUUUUUCAGCCUCAUUUUCAGCUCUUUCCUGGAUGACAGCCCUUGCAGGUAAUCCAAUUAAUAUAACUUCAGGUACUGAGUGGUAGGGAGAUACUGUCUGUUCUUACCUGGGGGGAAAGAGUGCAGAAGAACUCUUCCUGUCUUCACUGAGUAACGAGGUUGUGCUGUCCAUCACUGGUGAGAAAUGUACUCAUCGUGACAGAAUUGCAUGCACUGAUAGAAAUGCAUGAAUUGAUGUAGCAAUGGGGCAGGACAGUGGCCAUGCAGACCAAGGGGAGGAGGGUAGUCGGUGUUGCAGCAGGAGUAGGUGACACGGAAAGGGUUGUUGGAGUAGCUGAUUCUGUAAUCCUUCUAAAGUCCUAUUUCCUUUUCUCAUUAAUCUGCUUGCUUAUUGAGGGGGAGAGAGAUUAUUGGUCUACAACUCCCAUCAGUCAUCCACCAAGCCGCUUGAUGGGUGUUGCAGUCCAACAACAUCUGGCAACCCAAGGUUCAAACGUGCUUAUUUAGGUGAGCUUUUCUCGAGAAAUUAUGUUUGUCAAAAAUCAAAAGGUUUUGCUGAAAAGUUCCACCAGUUAAUGGAAUAGAAUUAUUGGAAUGCUGUUCAGGUGAUUUUGAUAGUGACCCCAAGGAAGUAGAUUGUGGAAAUCUGUGUGUAGCAUUUGUUUAAUGCAGGACUAAGAAGGACCAAGGCAUUCUUGGCACUAAACAAGCAUACCUUGAACCAACAACUCAUUUAAAGAAUUCAUGGAUGAGGGACUACAGGAGAAUAGCUCAAGGAAGGGGCUGAAUGGCAUUUUCCCCUUGCACUUCUUCCCUUUCCCCAAUGCAGUUCUGCCUCCACCAGCUCCAGAGCUGUCCAUCAUCCCUCCAAGACAGUCCUUUCUCCAGGGACAAUGGAUCACGUUGAAAUGCUCCCACCCGGAAGGGCAGCUGGCAGCCAAGUUCUUAUUUUAUGAAAUGAAGGCAGAACGUGGGUGGACUAAACUCCAAGAAGACUUCAAUAAUACCCUGGAAAUCACUGCAGAAUUUCAGGAAAGAAAGAAAUCAUUUGUCUGUGCCUACUUGGAAGAAAGCAGUGCAGGACAACUGUCUGAACGGAGUAACCGCAUUGAGGUUUCCAUCCCUGGUGUGUAAAGUUUGGCUAGCUCAUUAACUGAAGACCCAAAAAGUUCUCUCCGUCUUCCUAAAGGCAAUCCAGAAAUUCUGGCAUAUUUAUGUGGGUUGCUACUUUUUUUUUUUACUUGUGCAAAGAAAUCAUAUACUACUUAUUCCAAAGAAAUUCUAAGCAAUGUAGAUAGUAAAGUUAACAAUAAAACAGAGAUAAAAUUGUUUUUUUAUCUUAAUGAGGGUAAAGGGUUUCUGUCUGUUUCUAAACUUAAGCCAGUUGGCUGCCACUGUUUUCUCGCAAGAUAUGUUGGCAAUAUUGAUUUUACGGAGGUUAUAGAGAUUGCUAAUGAUGUUUCUCUGCAUUCUCGCAAAACUUCAAUUCCCCGCGUUCUUCAGGGAGGAUCUAUGCUAUUUAAACUGGGUGUUGUUUUUUAAUUUAAUCCCCUGAAGGUUGUGUGAUAUCAUUAGGAUGUCCAGACCUCUGGGAAGGAUUUCAAAAGUAAAUGUUUUUGCUGAACUUAACCUGCUGUUCCACUCCAUUAAUGAGAGUCCUAAAAGAAUCCAUGUCUAUUAAAGGUGUUUAAUCAUGGAAGAUUGGAAGAUACUGAUUCCAGUCUGGGUUCAAGCCUGGUUUUUGGACUAAAUUGGCCUUGGUCACCCUAAUGGGUGAUCUUCAGUGAGCGAGGGACAGGGGGAAUGAAACUGUGUUAAUCCUACUGAAUCCCUACUAAACUCUACAUAUCGCCCGCAAAGCUCCAUCUGGUUGGGGCUGCAGAGAUCCUUUUCCAUUCCUACCUACAGAAUGCUCUCCCUGCUGAGAUUAGACAGGCAGAAACCGUAGGGUGAAAUGAAUACCUAGCCCUUCAGCCUUCGCUGGCCAUUGUGAUGAUUUUAUUCAAGGUUGGAUUUAGGUUUGAUGAGGCCCUCAGCUACUGAAGGUAACGGGGCCUUUUAUAUGUCCAGCUGUCCUUUGUCAACAACAAAUUGUUGCUGUUUUUUGGGUUGAAUAUAUGCUAUAUGGUAAUUUAUGGACCUAAUAGGUAUCUAAAGCCAUUUGCACAUGUAGAAUGUAGGCACCCUAUAUAUAGAAAUGAGCAAACCAGUGAUAUUUUAGGGAGCAGGUUAGCAGGCGGGGCCCAUGACUUACAUCGCAGGAGCCUGCACAACACAAAACACACUUGCUGUAUGUAGGUUUUAUUUUCUUUGUUUUUUAUCUUAUAUUUUGGAAAUGUACAUCCAGGUUGUUGUUUUUCCUUUAAUUUUUUGGGGGGGGGCCAAGAGCGUGGGGCCCUAAGCUAUAGCUUGUUUAGCUUAUACGUAAAUCCGGCACUGAUUUUCUUGAUUAUUUUUCACAUAUUUGUUCUCUCCUAUUAUUUUUUAUUAUGUAGACUAGUUGGGUAUUUAUUUCUGCAAAUGAAAAGCGGGGUAGAAAUCCUUUAAUGAAAUAGAAGGAAACAUACAGUAUGUGUCAGUCCUAGAAAGAAAAUUGUGAGAAAACAGAAAACCUUUCCCUUUUACGUUGUUCCCUAAAUCUUUGGAUGCUUCUCUCCCUCUGCUUCCUGUGGAACCCAGCGUCCUUCCCACCUGCUGAACUUUUUCAGCAACCACAGGAACCUGUUUACAGUCCAGGAGAACGGGUUACCUUGACCUGUUCAGCUCCUGAGGAAAUGGACGUGGCAGGAUUCAACUUCUACAAGGAACAACAUGAUCAGAACUACAAGGUGUUGCCAGAUCAAGGAAGCGGCCCCUAUGCAGCAUUCCCUGUGGAUAAAAAUACUGCUGGAGUAUACAAAUGCCUAUACUGGGUGCAGAAUUCAGGACAGAUGAUCCCGUCCCCAGUGAGCUCCCCAGUCUCUGUAGUCAUGACAGGUGAGAGAGUUUCUUUUGCAUGUUGAUGGAGGAGAUCCAAAAGAUCUCCGUGUCUAGCAGGGAGUGGGGAACAUGGGAAAUGUCAGCCUGGUUAUUUUACAAGGUGACAGAUUCGCAGUCUCUGGACAACAUUCACCCCCCCCCCCUUCUCCAAAGUCAUGGACAGCUCAGAAAGUGGCAGAAAAGAAAGCGCAGAGGGUACAAGUUCAGAUUACAAGAUGUAGACGUGACGUAAAUUAAUAGGAAGGGGGUGGGUUCCUUAAUUGGGAGCACCGCCAUUUCUAGGAGAGAUGUGUUCUUUAUUCUCUUGCUGUGAUUAUUAAAGUUUCUAACUGGUAAGAAGACUCAUUUUCCUUUGUUCUGCUUAUCUACUGCCACGGGGGAAUAAGCCAAUUUCCUGAAGCCUGACAUGAGUGGUCUGUUAGAGAUUCCAAGACCCCGCCAGAACCACAGAUUCCAAGGUUUACUGGAGGGUUUAUUGUUAAAAUAAUUUAACCAGUAAGAUGGGUAUGCACCAAAUUCCUGAAACAGAGGUGUUUAACAAAGAUUGUUCUUCCUUUGUGCUCCUUCUACUUCCUUCUCAGAACACCCUCAUCCCCCAGUCUUAACUGUUUCGCCAGAAAAGGAUAGCUACAGAAGAGAAGAGUCCAUAAAGCUUAGAUGUUCAGCUUAUGAAAGCCGUGAUGUAUCAAAGAUCCAGUUUUUCAAGGACAAGAGGCAACUGCAACUCAUCAAUGUCCCCUCCUCUCUGAACACCUUCACACACAUACAACUGCUUCUUCCUCAAGAUGGUGGCGAUUACUCCUGCAAGUACCACAUUGUGGUAUCAGGGCGAGAGUUCCCAUCGAAAGAGAGCAACUCCAUCAGGAUUUUGGUGUGGGGUGAGGAGGCCUUUCUUUGUAAUAUGGGUCUCUUGGAGGGGGAAAUGGGAAGGUGGACUGAGUUUGGGGGAGGUUGGGCAGGCAAGGAAUAGGGGGAAUAAUUUUGUUAGUAGAAUAUGUACAGUGGUACCUCCGGUUAAGGACUUAAUUCGUUCCAGAGGUCCGUUCUUAACCUGAAACUGUUCUUAACCUGAAGCACCACUUUAGCUAAUGGGGGCCUCCUGCCACCGCCGCGCCGCCCGGAGCACGAUUUCUGUUCUCAUCCUGAAGCAAAGUUCUUAACCCGAGGUACUAUUUCUGGGUUAGCGGAGUCUGUAACCUGAAGCGUAUGUAACCCGAGGUACCACUGUACAGAAUUCGAAGAUCACCCGUAAUUUAAUAGUCCUUCCAAACUCCCCUUUUCUUCUAUUAUUUAUCAGCUUGCUUGUUUCCAGUCUGCCUGAAGGACCACACAUAUCUGCUAUUUGGGUCCCUGAAGCACAGAUUCACACAAAGCGGCAAAAUGCUCUUGCAGGUUAUUAACAGGAUUUUAUUUGAAGUGCAUAUGCAGAACAACAGCACAGGGCGAUCAGUACGCAACCUGUACACAGUAGUCAGGGUGCGCCCCUUUAUAUAGAUUUGCAAAAUAGAAUACCACCUGAUCUCUUGUAAGUCACCUGAUUUCUUGUAAGUCACCUGAUUUCUGGGAAAUCGAAACUUAUAAUAAGUUCCUAUAUUACCAUACAAGGUCUUGGCCUUCUCUCCCUCCUUCCUGCAACCUCCCUCAUCCUGGUGUGACAAUAAAUCCUUGUUCUUUAUCUCUAUCUGCCCAGGCUAGACAUUCUAACGAGGGGCCCAUUUGCAAUGUAACAUUUAAGCAUGUCCUUCAAUAAUAGAACAAUUAUAUUGUAAUAUGCUCCUUCAUGCCUUUGAAACACAUUGCCCCUUCCAGAACCAAUCAAUCAAUCAAUCAAUUUCUUUAUUCGACCGAUAGUCAGAAUUAAAACAUUACACAAUAAUUAUAAACUAUAACAUCAUAAGUUACAUAAGGUACAUAAGUAAGGUAGAGCCACAGUACUAGAUCUCUCACAGAUAACCCACGUCAAAGCAUUCAAUUAUACGUUUCCGACACUUGAGUGCCAGGAAAAGAAAUUUAGCCACUGACAAGGUUGUUUUCCCAGAAGACUUAUUUAGCAGAUAUGCUGUCUGCUUUCCUCUUUGUCGGGAACUGAGCUGGGGUAAGUAUGGAGUUAUAAGAUACUGUCUUAAAUCGUUGUAGAAGGGACAGCUCAAUAAAAUGUGCUCUGUGGAUUCUACCUCACCCAAUGCACAGUGGCAUAAUCUCUGGUCAUAUGGGACUCCUCCAUAUCUUCCCUUCAGGACCGCCGAGUCAAGAACAUUCAGCCUAGCCGCAGUAAAUAGUCUGCGGUAUUCCACAUAGUGGAUAUCCGCCAGGUAGCGAGCUGGGGCAGCCCGAUACAACUGCUCCCCCAGAAACAACCCAGGUUUCACACGGGCUAUGUCCUCCUGUCUGGCAAUAUCCCUUAAUCUUUGCGCGAUCACCGCCUUUGCGUGGCUAUACGUCAUGGACUCUAUAUAAAGGGAGGACAACCCACACUUCUGCACUUCCUCCACUAUCUCCCCUUCCCAUGGAGAUUUAAAGUUAUCCCUCAGAAUCAAGGGGGCCAAACCCACCGGUCUGAAACAGAGCUUGAGCCAUAGCCAUAACUUCGCUUUCAGGGCCACAUACCUAAAGGCUUGGCAACCGGUUUCCAGCCUCAUGAUCGCACCUGCCACAGAGGGGGGGAUCCUGAGUAUGGCCCUGAGGAAUUGGGUUUGGAUAGAUUCCAAUUUUUCAAAAUCCCUACGUGAGCCCAAGGCAAUGCCCACCAGCAGAAGAGGGAGGACUUUCAUUUUAAAGAGACGUAAGGCAACAUUGACAGUUUGUGCCUGUUUCUUGGAGUACAGGGUUCUAAUCAUCAGGGCUGCUUUGGAUGCGUUCGAGGCUAUGUAUUCUCUGUGCGCCAGGAAGGACCUAUUUGAUCUUACAACCUGACCCAGGUACUUGAAGCAACUGACCUGCUCUAAAGGAAUACCGUUAAUUGACCAUAAAUUAGGUUUCGGUCGAGCAGCAAAGACCAUUAUUUUGGUCUUGGCAUAAUUUAAUUGGAGCUCGUGUUGGGUCUCAUAUUCAUGAAGAGCUCUAAGCAUCCUCCUUAAUCCGAUGGGGAGGUAGCUAAUAGGGCGGCAUCGUCCGCAUACAGUAGGACAUUCAAGGCUCGUCCUGCCAGUUUUGGUGGAUGGAAAUCAGCAUUUGCCAUAUGCACCACUAGCGAAUUUAUAUAGAAGUUAAACAGAGCAGGGGCAAGCAAACAGCCCUGUCUUACCCCCCUAGUGGUGGCAACCGGAUUGGAGACUAGCCCCUUACUAUCUAUCCUAAUCCUCAAGAGGGUAUUUGUAUGCAAAUUAAUAAUCAGCAAGAGAAGGCGGCGGUCGAUAGAUGUCGCUGCCAAUUUUGUCCAUAGCUGGUUCCUGGGAAUUAGAUCAAAGGCCUGCUUAAAGUCUAUAAAGGCGACGUGGAGGGCUUUUAGGCCAUUGCCAGCGUACUUAGUGGCCAAGUGAUUUAGGAUUAAGAUUUGGUCUGUUGUUGAUCUUCCGGGCGGAAACCCGCCUGUUCCUCUGCGAUGAUAUUGUUGCUUUCCAUCCAGGUCGUUAAUUUGUUAAGUAGAAAUCUUGAAUAGAUCUUCCCGAUAACAUUUAGCAGGCUAAUUGGUCUAAAAUUGGCCGGGUCUGUGCGCGGCCCUUUCUUGUGAAUUAACACAAUCAGUGCAGAGUUCCAGCUUGGAGGAAAUUGUGCUGUUUUGUUUAUAUAAGUAAAAAGAGCUGCUAGGGGUGGACACCACCAAUCCUUAUUGGCUUUAAUAACAUCUAUGGAAAUAAGAUCGUCUCCGGGUGCCUUGCCCGCCUCAAAUUGGCCUAUAAGUGUUUCCACUUCAGAGCAGGUAACAGGAUCCCACUCUGGCAAGGGGCCAAAUCUAACCUUCCUCCGCUAGCUGCGUGAGCUGCAUAUAAAACGGAGAAGAAGCUUUCCCAGGUGUCAGCUGAAAUUUGGGGUUCUAUCCUUGACAACGGUCUACCCAGGUAUCUGGAAAUUUGGUGCCAAAAGGAGGAGGGAUUUCUAUUUUCUGCAGCUUUUAGAAGGUUCUUCCAAUCAUUUCUUUCUGCCGCACGCUUCUUUUCCUUUAAUAGUGCUUUAUACCUUCUCUUGAGGAUCAUAAGGUGACUGCUAGGUGCGGAGUCAUUUGAUGCCCUAUAUGCCAAGAAUUCAUUAUAUAGGUUGUUCUUGAAGUGCCUGCAUUCCUCAUCAAACCACUUUUUAUGAGAGAAAUGGUUACUAUUCAUUACCGGGGUCUUAGCCAGCGAAGGUUUUAGCAGUUCUACUAAAUUGUCAUAUAUUGGCAGUGGCUCAACUGCCUGGAUAAGGGAGUCCCUUGUCUCUUGCAGUUGGUCAGACCAAAGGAGUUCAUUUAUCCGUUGAGCCAUAUUAUCGGUCCAUUUUAAGGCAGUGGGCCUCAUCUGAAGCUGGUUAUUUGUAAUAGGCACGCAGGAGUAGGUAGCCAAUUCUCCAUCCAGGGUCAGAGAAAGUUCUAAUGGAAAAUGGUCACUUUCCAGCCUCGUUACCACCCUAAAGUUGGAAAUUUUGGGAAUUAGGUCUGCUGAUGUCCAAAUAAAGUCUAUGGUAGAGGCUCGGGAGCCUGACCAGAAAGUAAAUUCGGCAGGGUAAUCAGAACUGAGAGCUCCGUUUAAAAGGUGAAAAUUAAGAGCCAUCAAAGUUUGUCUACAUUUAAAACCUGCAUAUGUAGCAACACUGUCUUUAAAAUUCCUGGGUAAAAGGUCUGAGGUUAAAAUGGGUAGUGAGGGAUAUUUAUUAUAUUUAGCAAAUAAUGAUUUAUCAGAGUGAGACAAUCGGCCAUUGAAAUCUCCUGCAACUAGGAAGGUGGCUUCAGGAUAUUUCUCUAGGAGAGUUUCAAGAGUCUGUUGAAUUUCCCUCCAUCUUUGGACCACCAGGUUUUUCUUAUAGAUUGGGUGCAAAUAAACAUUAAUCACCACAAACACUUCCUCCGCUGUUUGUAGCUUAACACCCAGCAUGGAUGACGACUGGAUGUCGAUUUGUUCCACCUGCAGGUUUAAGGCCAAAGAAACUAGGGUAGCCAGCCCACCUUGUGGUCUGCCAGGAGAUAGUAAAUUCUGAUGUGCAUUCAGGUAGAAGCCCUUAUACCCUGAUAGGGAGAAGCCCUCACAAGCCCAGGUCUCUUGCAGCAAAAGAAUAUGACUGCCUUUUAUGUAGGCGACAAAGGAUGGAUCCAUCAGCUUAGGUUUAAUGCCAGCUACAUUCCAGGAUAAGAAAGUAAGUAAUCUCCUGGUCACCCCUUCGAGUCAUGCUGGGCCUUGCGGAACCAGCACGGCAGAAUCCACCUGGGAAUGCAUGCGGCGAGGGGGGACAAUAGGCUGGAAGAAGGAAGUAAUUGUAGCUUGUUUACCAGGCAAUUUCCGAGCACCACUUACCGCAGCAGCAGCCAUGGAUUGAGGCUUAAUUAUUGGAAGCUGCAAGGAUGGAUUCUGGUGCACAGGAGUAUCACUUAACGACAGGUCCAUAGACUCUACAUUUAAAGUAUGCUCUAAGAUUGAGGGGUGGGCCUUUUGGAUCUGCAGAUGCUGUAGGGAACAUGCAGUGUAAGGCAGGUGGAAGGCAUCCUUUCGGUUUGCCUCCAAAAGAGCAUCCAGUCUUGCCACAGCUUCCGAAUUUGACCAGAGGGUUGUCGAAUCUUCCACUGUAUCCUGCCCGGACUUGACAUCCCGAGGCUGUGCACGGCCAGGUUGCAGAUCAAAGGUCGUUAAAGCAGGUACCACUUGGGCUUGUGUAGCCUGAUCUACAAUUGGUGAAGAAUUCAUCUUAUUUACAUGAGCAUGAUCUUCUGAGUUACGGAGACAGAGUAGCAACUCGUCCAAUCUGUCCGUUAUCUCUGUUCGCUCCAGUUUUGGCAAUUGGGAGAAGGAUAGAAGUAACUCACGCUCCGUAGAGUUCUCCAGAUGUGUGGCCUUUGUCAGUGGAGGCAGGGGGGCGUCAAACCAGCUGAUUAGAUCUGCGGCCAGGGGAGUUGGGGUCGUAGCAAUUGGCGGACCCUCAGACUUAUCUGCUUUCUUUUGAACAAGCAGUUUGGUAAGAGGGAGCAGAUCUUGGUAUUGGUAAAGACUCUUGUAGCAAGGAUUCCAUAGUUAAUUAGAAGGCUUCUUGAGGACAUAAUAAGUGCAGGGAGCUUUUUGGUUUUAAAGGAGAGCAGCACUCUCUGCCUCUGAGGUCUGCUGCUAAUAUGAUCAAUAUGCUUCAGGUCAAUAGAGCUAGGGGUUACCCUCAGAAGCUCCGCUAGGUAUCUCCUUAUAUCACUCUUAUAGUGCCAGUUUAUCACCUUGCCUCUAAAGGGGCAAACCGUUAGGCAGAUUUUGGUAGCUUGCAGCAGCAGUUUGUGAGGAGGUGCAGAGUGUUGUUCCUUCUUAUUUUGCUCACCUUGCUCACUUUUCUGAUUGCCAGCAGCUUGAGGAAUUAUACAAGAGGUAUGAGGUACCCUUCCAGAACAACAUUGAAGGAAACAAAGGCAGGGUGCCUGCCCCGAGGAGCAUACAAGGGAUGUCGUCACAUGGGGAUCCCUUCUGACCUUGGGAUUCUCUUUGAUUCUCUCUGCAGAUGAACCACUUUCCACAACGCCUACCUUUUCCACCCCGGACCAGGCUGUUCUGAGUUUUGCCGCCACAACCAGGCCCCCUAGAACGUCAACACUGGCAACUUCAUCAACCAGCUCUUCUCGCUACAUCACAAGAAGACCCUCAAAACGCACAAAGCUCCUUGCAUCAAGCACCUCCUGGUCCAGCUCUUCGCAGUUGAGUCUGCAUUAUAGCACCUCAACCAGCAGCACCAAUGCUCAGGAGAGCAGGAAAUCAUCCACCUGCUGUGAUCCCAAAUCAACCACAGACCAAAAGAAUGACGAUUCAGAAAAAGGUACGCCCCUCUCAUGACCCUGUCUCUCUCUCUCUCUCUCUCUCUUUCUUUCUUUCUUUCUUUCUUUCUUUCUUUCUUUCUUUUAUAUUUGUAUAAAAUUGUGAUUGUAUAGGUAAUAAGCCACCCUGAGUGCUGCAGUUGCACUAGAAGGGAGCAAAAUGUCUAAAUAAAUAAAUAAAUAAAUAAAUAAAUAAAUAAAUAAAUGUUGCACUGUAAAUAACCCACCUGAUUCAGCUCAGUGAGGAAUAUUAUUUUCACCCUACGAAAAUAAAUGGAAGCAGUGCUACUGCUGCCUGAUUUGUUUGCUUUUGUACCGUUAUUUUUUUUGUCUGGUGGUAUUGUUUCAUAUCUGAUGGUACUGUAUUGUUAUUUUAUCAUGCGUGGCUAUGUUUUAGGUGAUAAAAUAGGAAUGUUAUGAUGUUGCCAUGCUUCUGUUUGAGAGGGUCGACCUGAAAGGCAGCCUAUAACUACAGAAUAUGGAUGGUUGGAAAGAAUAAUAUUUAGAAAGGGCCAAUCAAUGGACCUUCAGAGACCAGGGAGGGAAGAGGAAGGGUGGAAGAUAGAAUGGCCAAAGAGGGGAAUAUGUGGAGCAGCAAAGUUCAUAGAUACUAGCCAAGCCUUGUUUUGUAACAAUUGACUAGUUCUCUGACCAAUAACCCCGUUCUGAUCAACAGCAAUUCUCUUGCAGGUUCAUAUCCUUGUCUAAUCUCACUGGCCAUUAGAUGUGGCACCUGCGGAUGUCUCCUCCUCCUGGUGUUUGUUGACUGCAUUUAUAGGAGGAAGUACAAAG